AUGCUCGCUUGUUUGGCCAGGGGGAACUUACUGGAUAUUCUUCAGGAGGGCUUCACGGAGCAACAGCUACAGGCAUAUGUGGCCUGGGUGAAUUCCCAGCUGAAGAAGAAGCCAACAAUAAAGCCAGUCCAAGACCUGAGACAAGAUCUCAGAGAUGGAGUCAUUCUUGCUUUGCUCAUUGAGAUUGUAGCUGGUGAGAAGUUGAAUGGCAUUCAGGUCAACCCCACCAGCCAGCAGGAGAUGAGAGAAAAUGUGGAGAAAGUCUUACAGUUCGUGGCAUCAAAAAAGAUCCGCAUGCAUCAGACAUCAGCAAAAGAUAUUGUUGAUGGGAACUUGAAAUCUAUCAUGAGGUUGAUCCUGGCCUUAGCUGCUCAUUUCAAACCAGGCUCCGGGAGAGCAAUGAAUCACAGCCCUGCUGGCAUGGUGGGGAAGAACUUGUCAGCAUCGUCUGCCAGUCACAGGCCUCGCUCAGCUGCUGCAGUGGCCCAAGGAGCGGUGGCUGCUCUGGCAGAUGUUCGUCAAGAUGUCUUGCUAUCCGGCCGGGAUGUUUUCCGGCACAGACAGAGAAAUAGCAGCAUGGAUGAGGAGAUUGAAAACCCCUACUGGAGUGUCCGGGCACUGGUGCAGCAGUAUGAAGGGCAGCAGAACGUGCCAUUGGAGUCCCACUCUUCCAGUCUUACAUCGCCCAGUCCUAUCCAUAGUGCAAAGAGUGAAUCCACUGUAGCCCCAUCGGAGGAGAAGGAAAGACUUGUGAUCAUCCACACUGAAGAAACAGAAACUAAAACAGAAGAGACAGAAUCUCAUUUCCAGCCUGAGUGGCAAGCAGGGAACUCUGGGUCAUAUUUGGAGAAUUCAUGGGAGGAGCAGCUUUUGGAGCAGCAGGACCAUUUGGAAAAGGAAAUGGAGGAAGCGAAGAAGAUGAUUUCAGGUUUGCAGGCUUUGUUGCUCAAUGGGUCUUUACCUGAGGAUGAGCAGGAAGGGUCCUUUGAACUUUGUGAACAUGGAGCCUGCCCCGAAGAACAGCUGAUCAUAAUCCGAAGUCGUCUGGACCAGAGUGUGGAAGAAAAUCAAGACCUAAAGAAGGAGCUACUGAAAUACAAGCAAGAAGCUCGAAACCUACAGGGAAUAAAGGAUGCUUUACAGCAAAGGCUGAUUCAACAGGAUGCUUCAGUUCUUCAGCUAAAGCAGGAACUGCUGAGAGCUAACAUGGACAAGGAGGAACUGCACAACCAGAAUGUUGACCUUCAGAGGAAGGUUGAAGAGAGAAACCGGUUACUGGCAGAAUACAAAAAAGAACUGGGCCAGAAGGAUCGGCAUUUACAGCAGCAUCAGACCAAACUGGAUGAAAUUCUUAGGCAGCUUUCUGAGGCCAACUACCAACAGGUGGAUUUGGAGCGGGAGCUGGAGCACAAAGAGGCCCUGCUAGCUCACUGCAUGAAGAGAGAAGCUGAAGAGGUGAUGGCUUACAGCGGUCAUAGUGGUCAGAGCAAUGGCUUCCUCCAGACAGCAGGAAAAGGAGCUGCUCCCACAGCCCACCGAGGGACAAAUGACCUGCAGCUGGUUCGUGAUGCCCUUCGCAGCCUCAGGAACAGUUUCAGUGGCCAUGAUCCACAGCAUCACACCAUUGAUAGCCUGGAGCAGGGCAUCUCCAGCCUGAUGGAACGGCUGUACCGCAUGGAAACACAGAAGAGGCAAGAGAGAAGGAUCCGGGGGAAAUCACCAGCAAGCAGAGCAACAAAUGAGUGUAGAGACUCCUGGCCUCCCAAAUCCAAACUGCCUCAUUCUCACAGCACACCCGUGAUGAGCACCAGUGCCUGCACCAAAGUGUUAUACUUCACUGACCGCUCCCUCACACCUUUCAUGGUCAACAUACCAAAGAGGUUAGGGGAAGUGACUCUGAAGGAUUUUAAGGUAGCUAUUGAUCGUGAAGGAACCCACCGGUACCACUUCAAAGCCCUGGAUCCAGAGUUUGGCACAGUCAAGGAGGAGGUAUUCCAUGAUGAUGACAUCAUUCCUGGUUGGGAGGGGAAAAUUGUGGCCUGGGUGGAAGAAGACCAUGGAGAGAAUUAAUCAAGCUUUUAAGUCUUGUCACUAUGGAAACCUGUAACUGGCUGCUGAGCUCAAAGAAUGACCAAAAAGCAUGUGUGCUGGAAGGAGUCCAAUUCAAGCUGCCAAAAAAGAGGGCUUCUCU